AUGCCAGCUGUUCCUUUCUCCGACAUCGCCAAGGCGUCCAACGACAUCACCUCUAGAGACUUCUUCCACACAGCUCCUUUCGCCAUUGACGUGAAGACCACGGCUCCAAACGGCGUGACCUUCACCUCGAAGGCCAAGUCUGCAGGCGACAAGAUCUCUGCGUCCUUGGAGUCCAAGUACUCGGACAAGUCCACAGGCUUGUCGGUCGUCCAGGGCUGGGCCACCAACAACGCUCUCUCCACCAAGUUGGAGUUGGCCGACGCCGUCACCCCGGGCCUCAAGACCGAAUUGGUCUCCACAGUCGUUCCCGGCGCCUCCAAGGCCGUCAAGUUCAACACCUACUUCACCCAGGACUCCAUCUCCGCCAGAGCCUUUGUCGACUUGUUGAAGGGCCCUCUCUUCAACGCCGACUUGACCUUCGGCCAAGACGGCUUCACCACCGGUGGUGCCUUGACCUACGACGUCAAGUCCGCUGUCUUGACCAACUACACCGCUGCUUUCGGCUACAAGGCCCCAUCCUACGCCGUCGCCCUCGUUGCCUCCAACAACUUGUCCGUCUUCACCACCGGUUACUACCACAAGGUCUCCCCAGUCUUGGAGGUCGGUACCAAGGCCACCUACGACUCCAAGUCCACCACUGCCGGUAACCCGGUUGCAGUCGAAAUCGCCUCCAAGUACGUCUUGGACCCAACCGCCUUCGUCAAGGCCAAGAUCGCCGACUCCGGUAUCGUCUCCCUUGCUUACCAACAAGAACUGACCAAGGGUGUUAAGGUCGGUUUCGGUGGUGCCUUCGACGCCCUCAAGUUGGGCGAAGCUGCCCACAAGUUAGGUGUCUCCUUCUCUUUCUCCGCUUAA